AAAACAGUGGUGCCAUCUCAACUUCAAGUGUUUCUUUUGGUAUUUUUAGCUGGCUUAUAGUUUUAAAGAGGGUAGAUGUCUGAAGAGGUUUCUAAAAGGGAAGAAGAGGAGGCUGACACACCAGGUCUCGAGGGUCAGUCAGAUGAUAGCAGUGACGAGGGUGACGCUUCAGGAGAUACUGAGAUGGAUUUUUUGCGCAGUCUUUUCUCGCGAACACUUGGCCUUAGUCCUGGAGAUAAAGUCUUGGAUGAGUUAACCCUGGACUCAGUUGCUCGCUACAUACUGAGUGGCAAAUGUAAGAACAUUAUCUGUAUGGUUGGAGCUGGGAUAUCUACAUCUGCAGGAAUCCCAGAUUUCCGCUCUCCUGGCACGGGCUUAUAUGCAAAUCUGCAGAAGUACAACCUGCCUUACCCAGAGGCCAUCUUUCAGAUAGACUAUUUCAAGAAACAUCCGGAGCCCUUCUUUGCUCUGGCCAGAGAACUGUACCCAGGACAGUUUAAGCCCACAGUGUGCCACUAUUUCAUAAAGAUGCUGAAAGACAAAGGCUUACUGAGGCGCUGUUAUUCUCAAAAUAUUGAUACUCUAGAAAGGGUUGCAGGACUGGAAGGGGAGGACCUGAUUGAAGCUCAUGGUACAUUUCACACAUCUCACUGUGUGAGCUUCCUCUGUCGUAAAGAGUACAGCAUGGACUGGAUGAAAAAUCAAAUUUUCUCUGAAGAAAUUCCUAAGUGCGAUUCCUGUGGAAGCCUCGUAAAACCCGAUAUUGUGUUUUUUGGGGAAAGUCUGCCUUCCCGAUUUUUCACUUCAAUGAAAGCGGACUUUCCUCAAUGUGACCUUCUGAUCAUAAUGGGGACAUCUUUGCAGGUUCAGCCAUUUGCAUCUCUAGUGAGCAGAGUCUCAAACCGCUGUCCACGAUUGCUGAUCAAUAUGGAGAAAACUGGACAGUCUGAAUUUGGCAUGGGGCUAUUCAGUUUUGGAGGCGGAAUGGAUUUUGAUUCAGAUAAGGCCUACAGAGAUGUGGCUCAUCUGAGCACCUGUGACGAUGGCUGCAUGACUCUCGCUGAACUGCUGGGCUGGAAAAAAGAGCUGGAGGAGAUGGUGAAGCGUGAACAUGCUUUGAUUGACAGCAAAGAUGCCAAAAAGACUGACAAAGAAGCCAGUCAGAGCUCCAAAAGUGCUGUGGCGGAGGCAGAGAAGACUGACAAAACAGAAUAACCAUUCAGAGCCUGCAGAGGGUGAACAUGACAUCUAAAGUAGUUUCACUACACUCUGGCCUGCUCCGGUUUACUGUCGACCUCUGUUCCUUUGAGCUCUUGUAUCUCUCACCUGCCUAUAAUAACAAUAUAGAGAACGUAGAAAUAGUGCAGAAACCUCAAAGGGGACAGAAACAGCACGAGCGAAAGACAGCAAACACUGUAGUUGAGAGGUGGUGUUCUGCUUGGGGGACGGCUCUUAUGAAAUAACAUAACGCUUUAAAUAUAAAGUUUGAAAUAUUAUUUACAUUACAUUUAAAUGUAUCAUAUGAGGUAUCAGGGUUAAAUGUGUCUGAAAGAAAAAAAUUGGAAUGACAUACAAGCGAACAUGGCUGUUAUUUUUUUUUUAUGACACCAUGUGUGACAAGCAACUAAAACAAUUGAACUACAUUCUCAUUACUGUAAUUUCUUUGUGAAUUGUAACAUUUUUAAACACGAGUAAAUUGAAUGCAAUUAAAUUAAUAGUAAACUAUAUUAAAAAAAAUACUACAUUUUAAAAUUUCCAGAAAUGUACAAAAUAAAAUACCGUAAAUAUUUUACAAUUAACAUUCCAAAGUAAUCAAAAUUACAUUUCUUUGUGUUCUUACAAUUAGAUUUAAUUAGAAAAGUCUACUCUGCUAAAUUCUUACAAGGUUUCAUGAGAUUAACCUUGAUGAUGCUUGUUAACAUGAUUCCUUUCUUUGUGCAAUCAUUUAUAUAUUUUAGUAUAAUGUCAUUUUUUUAAGGUGUAACUAAUGGAUGUUUAUUUUAAUGGAAAAAAGGUAACACUUUAUUUUGAGGGUCCAUUUGAGUGUUAGUAGACUAUCUCAUUAUUAUCUGUUGAUACUGACAUUUAACAGUCAUUCAACAGACAUUUAACUGACUAAAAGAAACUUUGCAAGUACAUGUCAACUUACACUAACCCUAACCUACAGUCUACUUAUAAUCUAAUGAGAAUUAGUUGGCAUGUAGAUGCAAUGUAACUUAAAUUCAACAAACGGACCAUUAAGAUAAAGUGUAACCGAAAAAAUAAUAGCAUCUGGAUUAUAUGAACUAUUCUAAUACAUUUUGCUGUGUAUUCUUUCUCUAUUGCUUAUCUUUGGUUUGGAAUGUUUCAGCCCAUGUUUCAAAUGUGUAAGAGGAAGUUGGCCCAGGAGUGUUUUACAACAUUACUACGAUAUCUGAUGAAGUCUAAUGCAACCCUAUUUGAGGAAACAAAAGUGAGAGACAAAACUUGUAUGCAUGCCUGUGGUGUAACAUUGUUAUAAGGCAUUAAAAUGGUUAUUAAAAUA